GCCAAGCCCCACGCGCCGGCCCUGCCGCCCCGCCCUGAGCAGAGGGCGCCGCCCCGAGGGGGGCAGGACAGGCCCGGCGGUUGGGCUGUGUGGCGUCCAGCCGCUGCGUCCCACGGGAGGCAGAAACUCGCUCGCCAUGUCGGCUGCGGAGGCGGGGGCUGUUUUCCGCCGAGCCAGGGGCAGGACCCUAGACGCGUUUCUCUCAGAAAAGGAAAGGGAAUGGAAAGGCCCGUUCUACUUCAUCCAAGGUGCAGACCCACAGUUUGGACUAAUGAAGGCGUGGUCCACUGGGGACAGUGACAGUGGUGGUGACGAGUGGGGGCAGGAGAUCCGUCUCACUGAGCAAGCUGUUGAGGCCAUCAACAAGUUGAAGCCCAAACCCAAGUUCUUUGUUCUCUGUGGGGACCUCAUCCAUGCCAUGCCAGGGACGCCCUGGCGGAAGGAGCAGACCGCGGACCUGCAGCGCGUGCUGGCGCGCGUGGACCGUGACAUCCCGCUGGUGCUGGUCAGCGGCAACCACGACGUGGGCAACACCCCCACGCCCGAGACUGUGGCGGAGUUCCAGCGGACCUGGGGGGACGAUUAUUUCAGCUUCUGGGUGGGGGGCGUCCUGUUCCUCGUCCUCAACUCCCAGUUCUGGUACGAUGCCUCCCGAUGCCCCGCCCUGAAGCAGGCGCAGGACCAGUGGCUGGACCAGCAGCUGAGCGUCGCAGGCCGACGCCAUUGCCAGCACGCCGUCGUCUUCCAGCACAUCCCGCUCUUCCUCCGCAGCAUCGACGAGGACGACGACUACUUCAACCUCACCAAGUCCGUGCGGAAGGAGGUGGCCAACAAGCUCACCAGAGCAGGUGUCACAGCUGUGUUCUCAGGCCACUACCACCGGAAUGCCGGAGGCACCUACCAGAACCUCGAAAUGGUGGUGUCGUCGGCCAUCGGAUGCCAGCUGGGCCAAGACACCCACGGGCUCCGAGUCGUGGUGGUCACCGCUAAGAAGAUCAUUCACCGAUACUACAGUUUGGAUGAGCUGAGUGAGAAGGGGAUAGAAGCCGAUCUCAUGGGCCUGAUGGAGGAAAAGUGACUGCCACUGACAGUCUGUUCACAGUCCACUUCCA